AUGGACACGCAAGAGUUCAAGGACGCCGCCAAGGCCUCUAUCGACCACAUUGUGGACUACUAUGAGAACAUCACCGACCACAGCGUCGUCUCCCAGGUCGAGCCAGGCUACCUCCGCCAGCUCCUCCCCACGACCUGCCCAGAGGAGUCUGAGUCCUGGGCCACCAUCCGGCGCGACAUCGACACCCAGAUCGUCCCCGGUCUCACCCACUGGCAGUCUCCCAACUUUUUCGCCUUCUUUCCCUGCCCGGCCUCGUACCCGUCUAUCUUGGGCGAGCUGUACUCGGCAGCCUUUACGGGCGCCUGCUUCAAUUGGAUCUGUUCUCCGGCCGUUACCGAGCUCGAGACCAUCGUGCUGGACUGGCUCUGUCGUCUGCUGGGUCUGCCGGCUACGUACCUGUCUACGGGGCCCACGAGAGGAGGUGGUGUCAUUCAGGGCACGGCUAGCGAGGCUGUGCUCACGGCCAUGGUUGCGGCGCGGGACAAGUACCUGAGCGAGACGCUGCCCACCCCUCCUGCUGCUUCCCAGGGAAACGGCGAUGAGGACGAGGACGACCAAGAGUACGAGGACCUCCUGAUGCGCAAGAGAAGCAAGCUGGUUGCCCUGGGCAGCUCCGCCUGUCACAGCAGCACCAAGAAGGCCGCCAAGAUCCUCGGCGUGCGGUAUCUGGCGGUGCCAACGAGCAGCGCGUCCGGGUUUGCCAUGACGGGCGAUGCGCUUCGGGGUACACUGGAGCUGUGCAGGCGGAAAGGGUUGGAACCAUUCUUCCUCACCGCCGCGCUGGGCACGACGGAUACUUGUGCGGUGGAUGAUAUGGGAGCUAUUGCAGAGGUUUUGGCCGACAAUGUCGUCCCCACCCGCAGAAAGGGCGAGAUCUGGGUCCACGUCGACGCCGCUUACGCAGGUGCCGCACUGAUCACGCCCGAGGCCCGCGAGGCCGUCGGCGCCCACCACACCCGCCACUUCUACUCCUUCAACACCAACAUGCACAAGUGGUUCCUGACCAACUUCGACGCCUCGUGCCUCUGGGUGGCCGACCGCCGCUGGCUUGAGGCCGCCAUGUCUUCGGAGCUGCACGUCUACCGCAACGCCUACAGCGAUGGCGGGCUCGUUACUGACUACCGCAACUGGCAGAUCCCCCUGGGCCGUCGGUUCCGCAGUCUCAAGGUCUGGUUUGUGCUGCGGAAUUAUGGCGCCAGAGGGCUGCGGGAGUAUGUGCGUCGGGGGGUUCGUAUGGGGGAGACGUUUGCCGGGUGGUUGAAGGAGGCUGGCAGCGGGAACAUGUUUGAAAUCCUGACGGGCCCGGUAUUUGCGCUCACCGUGUUCAGGGUUGCGGGUGCAGAUGAGACGCAGGCAAACGCGCGCACCAGGAGGCUGCACGAGGAGGUCAACGCCACUGGGCGGAUCUGGGUUACAAGUACCGUGCUAGAGGGCAAGUUUGCCAUCCGAUUCAUGACGGCGAAUAGGCUGACGGAGGAGAGCCAUGUGCGGGAUGCGUUCGAGCUGAUCUUGAAGACGGCGGAGAGGAUCAUUCAAGAGAUAUAG